AUGGAAGCUGCCAACUCCAGCACCUCUGAGAUGCCAGUAUUCAUCCUAAUGGGCAUCCCCGGCCUGGAAGAUGCCCACAUCUGGAUUUCCAUCCCUUUGGCUGCAUUCUACGUGACAGCUUUGUUGGCAAAUUCCACGGUACUGUCUGUUGUAGCAAAAGAGCAGUGCUUGCACAAGCCGAUGUAUCUGAUGAUCUGCAUGCUGGCACUCUCAGACAUCAUCACAUCUACCUCCUUCAUGCCCAAGACCCUGUGCAUAUUUUGGUUCAAUUUGAAAAGCAUCACUUUGAAUGGCUGCCUUACCCAGCUCUUCUUCUUUCAGGCAAGUUCUGCUGUGCAUUCAGGCGUCCUCGUCAUAAUGGCUGUUGAUCGCUACGUGGCAAUAUGUAACCCUCUAAGAUACACCACCAUCCUCACCAAUGCCCGAACAGCUAAGCUAGGGUUAGUGUGUUUGGUAAGAGCUGUUCUCUUCAUUUUGCCCAUGCCCCUGCUCCUGAGAUGGCUGCCGUUCUGUUCCAAUAACAUUAUCGCCCACACGUACUGUGACAACAUGGCAGUGGCAAAGGUGUCUUGUGGGGACAUCACAGGCAGCAGAAUAUAUGGCUUGAUGUUGGCCUGUAUCAUGAUUGGGUUUGACCUGACGGUCAUUGCAUUGUCCUACGCGCUGAUCCUCAGGGCUCUCCUUAGACUCUCCUCCAAGAAAGCCAACCAGAAAGCCCUCAGCACAUGCACCGCCCACAUCCUUGUGAUACUCAUGGCUUAUCCUGCUGGCCUCUUCUCCUCUCUGGCGCACCGAUUCGGUCAGGGCAUCACACCCUAUGUACACAUCAUCUCAUCCAACCUCCAUUACAUCAUCCCCCCCAUGCUCAACCCUAUCGUGUAUGGGGUCAACACCAAAGAGCUUCGUGAGAAAGUGGUUGCAUUCCUCGGCAGAACGUUUUCAGCUGGUGUCUUUGACUAUAAAACUGCAGGACGGGGAAAGUAUUGA